UGAUUGAGACCAGUCAGAUGGGAUCACGUCCAGUUCCCAAAUUCUACCUAAGACCUCAGUUAAUUUUCUUGCUAAUACUGGACCACCAUCCUUAAAAAUCUCAGGAGUAAACCUGUUUGGGCCUGCUGCUCUCCCUCGCUUCAGAUUUCCUAUGGCUUUUACAACUUCGUAAAGAGGCGGAGGACCUAAAUUAACUUGCCAUUCAGGUUGACUGGAGGUCGUGUGAAACCGAAGUGUGAUUGAAGGCCAGUUGAACUGAUCCCUAAAGUGUUCUACCCAUCGAUCCAAUCUCCUGGAUUGAGAAAGUAUAAUGUAUCCGUCUUUUUCUGAGAAAGUUUCGCAACAGUUGAGUUCCUCAUACCGGUUUCCUUAAAAAGUCUGAACAAUUGUUUGCUACUACCUAUAUCCGCUGACCUUUCCAUCUCUCUUGCUCUCAAAAUAUAUAUACAAAUAUAUUUUUGUUGAUAUGGGCUUACUUUUUUUACAUCAAAGGCAUUCUUUAUGUUUGGAAUAAAUUUCAAUGUAAAAUUAAUGUAAUUAACCUAGCUUGGCAUCAUUAUUUGCGCUUGUUAACCCUCGUGAGGAGCUUAGGCCGCCCUACCAGAAUUCUUCCUGGAACUCUGUUCUGAAAAAUCCUUUCCAAUUGCAAUUGAUUCUUUUGAUGUCUGCUUCUGAUCCUCCCUUUCAUUGCAAAUUAGGACAUGCAUCGCGAUUCAGUUUGAUGAUUUCUGCAAUACAUGUCUUAUCCAGCGUCAUUUCCUAAUUUCCUCUUCAUUUAGAAGCUAGUUUGUUCUCUCGCACAGUUGGCUGUUGCUGAUGGUAUCCGGCAUACGGACAUUCAAUACUUUACGUAAACAAUUGUUUAUAAAUACUUGUGCAUUUUUGAUGAUGGUUGUUUUAUUUCUCGAGGUAGAACUGUCUUCACGUUGGUACUAAUAAGCUAGAAAAACGUCAUAGUAUGAUAUCAAAAUAUGAGUAGAGGCUGUCAAAAGUAACUGUUUAAUUUAUUUAAUUCAGUUGAUGAAAAUAUAAUAACUGUCAGUGUUAAUCAGUGCUAUUAACAAUAAAACGUUAUUACACAAUAUUCGAAUGCACUGAACGAACACUUUUGUGGGGAUAACCAAUUUAUCAUAUAACGUCAAACAUCACAAUGCUUUCGUAAAAUUAAGUCCUUUAUUUGCAAGUCUCCUUUCAGUUGUCGUGCACAUACUUCUUCAUUCUUCAUAUUCGAAUGUCGUUGAAAUUCCUCACCGUUUCCUUUUCUGUUUUUUCGUAAUUCAAUCUGAAACGUUUGCUAACAGGCACACUAUUUCAUUUUGGUGUUGCAUACUACUUAUAUCUGUCAAAAUAAGCUGCGUACAUCACGCGUUUAUCCGUUUUUUAAUGGCUGAAUUAAUCAAGUGUGAUUGAAAUGGAUUGAUAUAAACCUCAUAACACCAUACAAUUCAUCACAUUUUAUGCUGUUUGUACAUGCUGAAUGUUCAUCAAAUCCUGGAAUUGUAUGUAGUCAUGAUUAUUUAUUAGUGGAUGAUCGUAUACCUAAUGUUUAUGACGGUAUAAUUAACAAUAUACCAAUAAUUCGUUUUUGUUUAAUCAAUAAUUCCACAUUGAAAACAAUCGCCACAAAGACAAAAACAAAAUUACCAGAAGUAGAAAUGAUCAAUUCAUCAUUAUCUUCUCCUUCUUCGAUCUCCUCUGGAUCCUUUUCAUUGAAUUCAAUAGAUUAUAAUAAAUUAUAUGCACCAGAUGAAUCAUAUUUAGUUGGGCAAAUUUAUGAUCCAAUCAGUAAUGUAUACGGUUUACAGUUUACAUCAAAUUGA